UCAAUGCUAGCAUUCUGAUCUUUCUGUGCAAUCACAUCAUUUCACAUGCUCUUGAAGGCACCUUAGAAGAAGAAGAUUGUCAAAAAGCACAGAUGGAGACCAAUUAUGGAGAUGAUGCAAGUCUUGCAUCAAAUGAAGAGACAGACCCAAUGGACCACAAUGGUUGUCAUCAGCAGAAUGAAGAACAUAAUGAUACUGAUGAAGAGGAAGGAAAUUCAUUAAUGGAGUCUGCCGGUGACAUGCAAGUUAUGGAUCAAGUUGACGAGGAAGAUUCAUUUGAUGGAGAGCACAGAAAAUUGUCUGUUGAUGGUAAAAAUCCUGCCUCUGAGGAGACGGACGGGCUAGAGGCAGGAAUAAAUGCUCGGCAUAAUCAACGUGAAAACUGUCACUCAGAUGCUGAUGAUCAUCAUUAUGAUGAUGUUCAUAAGUAUGAUGAUGAAGACACUAGACACGAUGAUGACAGUAGACAUGAUGAAGACACUAGACAUGAUGAAGACUCCAGAUAUGAUGGGGACAAUAGCAUUCAUCCCUUUGAUGAUGAGGUGGACUAUGAUGAUAGCCACCACAAAGAAACUUCAGAAAGCCCCAUGAAAAGCCGAGAUGAUUUCUCACGUGAAUUUGUAGAUGAGCUUCCACCAACUGAAAAAAAGGAGAGCCCAUUAGAUAAGGAAGAUGAUUGCCUACUAGGAGAUGAAGACAAGAGCAACUUAGAGGAUGCAAAUAAGAAUAAACCAGAAGAGAAUGAAGUUGAAAAUAAGCAAAUAAUGGACAGUGAUGAGCCACAGCUUGAUGGCCACACCGACCAUGCUGCUGACGGGAGUACUGAAGGUGGUGUUGCAGCAAACUCUGGUGAUGACCUAGAGUUGCUGGGCAAGAGGAAUGAAGACCUUCUGGCUCCUACUUCCUCAAGCAACUUUGAAGAUGAAAUCAACUUCAUGGUGGAUGAUGAUGACAAUAUGCUGGAUGAAGAGAUGAUCUAUGAAGAUGGCACCACGAUUCGUCAUGGACAAGAUGAUGGGGUCACUGGUGAUCUUAAAGACUCCUCAUCAAGUGGCCAACUCAGCAGUAAGAAGACAAGAAGCAGCAGCGACAACAACAAAGGCAACAGUUGCAGUGGAGGAGCAGGAGGAGAUGCAGCUGAGAGCAAUGCAGAAGGCAGAGAAGGAGGUGGCGGCACAAGUUCUCAUGCUCAAUCAUCAGCAGCAGGAGGAGGCAGCACAGAAGACCCUUCAUCCAACAAAGAUACUAGCGCAAAUAUGGAAAGUUCAGAGAAGAAGAGCACUUCUGAAUCCGGUAAUGCAGACCACUCGAAAGACUCUAAAGGGGGUCAGAAGAGCGGAUGUAACCUGUGGGUGAGCGGACUGGCGUCAAGCACACGAGCCCAGGAAGUGAAAUCUCACUUCAGCAAGCAUGGCAAGGUCAUAUCGGCAAAGAUCGUUAUGUCAGCCAAGAGUCCUGGCUCAAAAUGCUACGGUUUCGUCACUAUGAACAGUCCAGAAGAGGCCUCCGCCUGCAUUAAGAAUCUCAACAAGACGGAGCUGCGCGGUCGUAUCAUACAAGUCGAGCGCGCCAAGGGAGAGCCCAGUGAGAGGAACACUUCUAUGGACCGACAUCGGAGCAAUGAACCUCGCGACCGACAACGCAGCACCAGCAGCAGCCAUGAUCCUCACAAGCGCAGAACCUCCCUCGACCGAAGCAGGGAGCAUUCCCGCAGCCGUCCUGGCAGACCGCGAGUCGUGGACCAUCGCUAUGGGCCUCCUCGUCCCAUCCGCGCACUGGGCCCGCGCUUUGGCAACGAGGGCGGCUUCCGCGAGGCAGGACCGAGGGCAAACCUGUCACGCCGCUUGUCAUCUCGCUUGUCACCGUCAGCUCUUGACAAACUUUCGCCGCGACACAUGGAGAAGCAGCAGCUUGGCAUCUCACAGAUCGUGGAGGAGUGCGAGCGGCAGCGGUCUCGAGUGCGGGAGCGCCUCAUACGCGAGGACGAGCGGCGUGCGCGAGAGGACGAGACGCGGCAGCGACUCAUCGAGCGACGGCAGCGCGCUGAAGCUGAGCGCCUCGCGAGAGAGCGAGAGCAGCUGAGAGCGGAGCGUGAGCGCAUUGAGCGCCAGAAGCAGGAGCUGCUGAGGCUCGAGCGUGAGCAACAGCGUCUGGAGCGCGAGAAGCUCGAGAGAGAGCGCGAGGAACUACGACGGCAACAGCUGAAGCUGGUGCACGGUGCAAGCAGCAGGAUGGAGACGAAGCCGAUGCUUGGACGUUUCGAUGAUCGUCGAGCGCUCAAGCGUCCUGCUGAGGACCGCCGCGAUCACUAUGAAGACCGCAAGCGUCCCGCCCCCAACAGGAUAGGAGACUCGAGGCCCCGGUAUGCUGGUCCCCCUCAACAGCCACUCACCUCCAGAAGAUACGACGCUGGCCAUCGAUCAGAGGGCCACCGCUACGAAGCCAACAACAACUACGGUGGCCGAGGUGAAGGCGCUGUCGGCGGAGGACGUUUUGAGCGUCACCCAUCAUCUGGUGGCGGGGCCGCAGCUGGGGGACGCUUUGAACGACAUCCUCCUUCUGGAGCCCCUGGGGCUGCUACAGAGGGGCGCUUUGAACGGCAUCCUAAUGGUGGAAGUGCUGCUGGAGGGGCCGUGACUAAGACCUCAAGUGAACACUUGAGGUGGAUGCCCUCUGGAGGUGCUGCGUCCGCACCUGCUCCCGCCAGGAGAUCUGACGCUUACUUCGAGGAGCGGCGAGGUUCGAACGCGGCCGAGAGUCGCAGCUCUCGCAGCAACUACAACGUCUCUUACAUCGCACCACCGCUGCCCCCGCCUGCGCCUACCUUGUCUAGGGCUGGGGAUAACAGAAUCCCUAGGGACGGUGGCAAAGGCAGCUACGGCGGCAGCAGUAACAGCAGCGGCGGCACGGACGUGUGGCGGACUGGUAGCAGCAAGAGCAGUUACUCCGGCAGCAGUAAGGCCUACCCGCCUCCCAACGGCAGCAGUUCUGGUGGUGCACUUCUUUCGGCACCUCAUGACGGUAGCACCUGGCGAGGCUCCGUGUCAUCGUCAUCGUCGUCCAGAUGGCCUAGUGACGGCCGAGGCAGCAGCAGCAGCGGAGGAAACACUUCAGUGGGUGGAGCCACUGCCUACUCAGGAGGGUUGCCAUCUUCUGUGCCCUCGCAUCACUCCUCUGGCCAGUCUAUCUCUGCUCAGGAGGGUCGAGGGAGCUACGGCGUGCCUGCCGCUUCCUUCAACCGCAAAUUUCUGAAGCCUCAACUGUAGAGACAACUGUGUACUGUUUAAUGUUAUUACCGCCGCGCGUCUAAUGAUGAUGCCGAUGUAUUAACGGCUUUUUCCGACAGUUUAGCCGGAGGUUUUUGGAAAUGUUGCUGUAUUUUAAUGUAAAUAGUCUUUGAAUUGUGCUGAGUUCAUUCACUGUAUAAAUAUAUAUGACCCUAAAUUGAUGUUAAAACGUAUUUUAUAUUGUAUUUACCCAUACUAAAUACGCCACAAUGUAAUUCGAUGGAAACUGUUGCAUCUUCUGGCAUUAAGAGCUUUGAGUUGAUGUAGCCAAGUUCAGGUUAUGACGUAACGUUUCAUUAUGUACAAACCUAAUCUUAGGAUAGUUCUAAAGUUUUCUAAAAUAGUGAAUGUGGAAGGAGAUCCAUUGGUUCUUUAUUUGACGUAUCACAUUCCUGGUGGUAAUCUUAUUAUCUUCCUGUACAGCGACUUCCUAAAUUUGCAUGUAAGAUUUUUAGUUACCAAGUGUUGGGCCGCUAUUGCGACGGUGGAAUUUGUCUGAAGAGUUACAAGUAAAGAAUACUUCUCUCUGAU